UCACCAUUUCCCCGCCCACUUUUGUGUGUAUGUGUGGUGGAGCUGCUGCUGCUGCCCCAGAGGGCUAGAGGCUUGUUUUAGAGGUUGGUUGAUCGGAUUAUUGUCUUCCGUCCGCCGUGAUCCCAGCCACAAAGAGGGCGAGCUACUUUUGUUUCCUUGCUCUGUGCUCAAUUCCCUCUGUCGCCUCGAGCUGCGGCCAGUCUUGCGGGAGCUGUUUGUGGGGAUUAUUUAAAGCCCCCAUAAAUAAUUCAGCCUCCCUUCCUCCCAGCUUCAACCCACCCGCCCCCUGCAUAUGUGUGAGGGUUGUUUUUCCCUGGAGGUGAUUGAUUUACAACCAUCUCUGCUGCUGUUUUGCGAGGAGAGCCUGGGUCUUCCUCUUCCUGCCUGGCUGUGUUACUGGGGCUCCUAGCCAGAGGAAAUUGCAAUGGAGAGACGCCACUAAUUCGUACGGGAAAUAAUGAAAAAAGUUUGCCAAGGGUCUUGAUCAGAGAAGUGGAUUUUGAGAUAAAGGAACUAACUAGGCUCAUGUUUUCACCUGAUCAAGAAAAUCAUCCAUCAAAAGCACCAGUGAAAUAUGGUGAACUGAUUGUGUUGGGGUACAAUGGCUCUCUGCCAAAUGGAGACAGAGGAAGAAGAAAAAGCAGGUUUGCUUUAUUUAAAAGACCCAAAGCAAAUGGGGUGAAACCUAGCACCGUGCAUAUUGCCUGUACGCCUCAGGCAGCAAAGGCAAUAAGCAACAAGGACCAGCAUAGUAUAUCCUACACUUUGUCCAGAGUUCAAACAGUGGUGGUUGAAUAUACACAUGACAGCAACACAGACAUGUUUCAGAUUGGUCGAUCAACAGAGAGCCCCAUAGACUUUGUAGUGACAGAUACAGUUCCUGGAAGCCAGAGCAAUUCAGAGACACAGUCUGUCCAGAGCACCAUCUCAAGGUUUGCCUGCAGGAUCAUAUGUGAACGAAAUCCUCCUUUCACAGCAAGAAUAUAUGCUGCUGGCUUUGACUCCUCCAAAAACAUCUUCCUAGGGGAGAAAGCCGCCAAAUGGAAGACAUCUGAUGGGCAAAUGGAUGGAUUAACAACCAACGGAGUCCUUGUUAUGCAUCCACGCAAUGGAUUCACUGAAGACUCCAAGCCAGGGGUGUGGAGGGAAAUUUCUGUGUGUGGGAAUGUGUUCAGCCUCCGUGAAACAAGAUCUGCUCAACAGAGGGGGAAAAUGGUUGAAAAUGAAACCAACCAGCUCCAGGAUGGUUCAUUGAUUGACCUCUGUGGAGCAACACUGCUGUGGCGCACUGCAGAAGGUCUUUCGCGCACACCAACAGUGAAACACCUGGAAGCUCUGAGACAGGAAAUAAAUGCCGCCAGGCCCCAGUGCCCAGUGGGCUUUAACACAUUAGCAUUUCCUAGUAUGAAGAGGAAAGAUGUUGUAGAUGAAAAGCAACCCUGGGUUUACCUUAACUGUGGCCACGUCCAUGGCUACCAUAACUGGGGGAACAAAGAAGAGAGAGAUGGGAAGGAUCGCGAAUGCCCAAUGUGCCGAUCUGUCGGCCCCUAUGUGCCUCUCUGGCUUGGCUGUGAAGCUGGAUUUUAUGUGGAUGCUGGGCCUCCAACUCAUGCAUUCAGCCCAUGUGGACAUGUAUGUUCAGAAAAGACAACAGCCUAUUGGUCCCAAAUUCCUCUUCCUCAUGGUACCCACACUUUUCAUGCAGCCUGUCCAUUCUGCGCACAUCAGCUUUCUGGCGAACAAGGCUACAUCAGACUUAUUUUCCAAGGACCUCUUGACUAAUAAAUGUGUUGCUCAAGGACUGCUUUUAAAUGCAUAAGCUAAAGGAUUCUGAUUUCAAAUGAACUGUCAUCUUAAAUCAACUAUAUUUCAUUCUCUGGGCUUUGACAGUUUGUUUUGAGAUGAAGAAUACUUCUCCCCCCUCCUCUCCCCCCCCCCAACAGUUAAAUUCUUCUGUAGAUAAUGGGAGAUAUCUGGCUACAUAGAAAAGAUUGGUAAUGGGUGGACAGAAGGUGGUUCCUGGUCCAUCAUUUUUUUGAGAUGAAAAGGAGAAAAUUAUUUGCCUUCAAUGUAAUGUUUUGAAUAACAUGCCUUCAAUAUCUAAAAGUUUUUUUAAUGUAUAACUGAGGGUAAAAGUGAUCAGUUCAAAAGAACAUUAGUUUACAGCUUGGAUGCAAACAUUGUGUAAAAUAGAGCAACAUGUAUAGUAACUCUUUUUUCUAUUUAUCUUUACUAUGAAAAAUUAUCCUAGAUGACUUGGGUAGAAUAGCAUGGUAGUAGUGUGUUGCAUCCAUUGACUGGAUGUGUAGAUUAGUUCUCUACCAGAAAAGGAUAGGAGAAAGAAAAAUGUAGAUUAACUUUCCUUAUUUUGUAAAAGUAAAACAGUAUUGAGUUCAUAGAAAAGCAGAAGGUUUAUAAACAAAAUUAAUGCAAAUUACAUUGAUGUGUUUUUUCAAAGAAGAAAGGUGCUUAACUACAUGUCAGAUAAUCCAGAUAAAUACUUUGUUUUUCUUUCUUUCUCUUUCUCUCUCUCUCUCUGGUAGAACUGUAACAAAUGAACUGGUCACACAAAAUUUACCUGAUACUUGGAAUAUGCAAUUUACCCUCAAUGAAGUAUUUUUCUCUCUGUGUGUUAACUAUUCUGUGUUGGUUUUUUGUUUUUGUUUUUUUGUUUUUUGCAUUUGCAAAACUGAAGGGUUAAUGUUUAUUUAAAUAAUAAAAAAACAAGUUAUACUA